GUUUCGAAGCUUAAGCAGACGAUGAAAACGUACUUUGCAGCUCAGAAGGAGAACAAAUCCUACACUACAAUGACUUCUAGAAUUUUGUUGGUCACAAAUCAACUACUCACUUAUGAACUAGUGAAAGGGAGUAAAACUGAGAUAUCAGGUUCUGUGGGGGAAGAGUUCUCAGGGUCUAUGGAUGAAGGCGGGGAGAAAGACUGUGUGGAAUCAGAAGAUGAGCUUAGAAACAUUGGUUCAAGCUCAGAUAUUGAAGGUGAAAAUAACUUGUUGGUUUAUAGGGAAGGGGAUGAGAAAAAGAAUGAUUUUAACUACAAAGUUGGCAGGCUUUUCAGUAGCAACUCUCAAUUUAAAUGGGUUGUAGAAGUGCAUGAAGCAGUGAAUAGAAAAUCAAUUAAGUUCACCAAGAAUGACAAAUAAUGUUUGAUCAUUUUCGCAUUUAUUCGAAUUCCACGUAUAAGUAGAUAUGAGUGCG